GAAGCUCCAGAGGAGCACAGAGCAAGUCCGGGUGAUUUAAAUUUACAGUGAAAUGAAAUUUAAUUAAUAUUAAGCGUCAUAUUGAUAUGUGUCCACUGGAGCUUACAGCGCAUCCACCUGCGAUUAUUUUACACACACGAACAACAUAACUGCAGCCGGUUAGCGGGGGAGAAACGAGUUAACCGAGUUUUUUUAUACACAAACAACACAGCACAGCACAGCCCCAGCAGCCCGGCCACAACAACACAGCUCUGUUAACCUAUAGUUCACUUGGCUAGGGUCAUUAACUAGUUUACCACCCAUUAAAACACACCAUGUCUGUACCAGUCUCACAACAACAGCAGCAGCAGCAGGGAGGACUCUAACAGAGACUGCAGGCUCGCACAGGGAGCGAGUGAUGAACAGAGGAGGAGAUGGACAGACAGCAUGGCUCUCCAGCACAGAGACCCACACACAAAAGACUGGCUUUAUCUGCAGCUCAGAGGGGACUUUCUAACCAUGCCACAGCAUCAGAUCGCAACAUGGAUAAAACCAGUAAGAACGUUGUACGCCUGCUGAAACAUAACCCUGAAGGCAUCCCUCUCUCGAGGGUGGCAGUGUUCUACAGUCAGAGAUACCAUCGCAACCUGACCGCGGCAGACCUGGGCUUCAACUCUAUUGCUGAUCUCAUAACCUCUUUAUCUGAACAUCUGGAGGUUCAGAAUGGGACCGUCUUUCACAGGAAACACAGGCCGCAGAAUCAGGAUGCUGAGGAUAUGGUCCAACUGCUUAAAAGCUGCCCUGAAGGAAUUCCACUCAGCAAGCUAGCAGUGUCCUUCAAACAGAGGUACAAAAGAAACUUCGUCCUGUCAGGAUUCUCCACCAUGGCCGCUUUUAUUGACUCUCUAAGCGAAGAGCUGUGUGUGAAGGGUGGAGUAGUUCACCACAGGAACCACACUCCAUCCACAGAUGGUGACAUGGAUGCAGUUUCUCAAGAAGUCGUGGACCUGGUUGAAGAGCACCCAAAAGGCAUCCCUAUGAAAAAGCUGGCUGUAUUCUACAGUCAGCAGUACAAAAGGAACCUGAUUGUGGCAGAGCUUGGCUUCUCCUCAGUCAAUGCUUUUGUUGACUCUCUGUCCAAGGAUUUGCUGGUAGACAAUGAGAGUGUCUUUCACAGGACACACAAGGCAACCCCUGGGCCCUCAGCAUCAUCAAGUCAAACCCCAGCUCCUCUAAUUUCUAUUACCGGAGUCUCCUUUGGGGCUGGUCCUGCUAGUACUGCGCCAAAGGUGGACGAGAUGACACAGGAAGAACUGCUCAAGAGAGUUAAAGAAGUCAUCAAGGUGUACCCAGCUGCUGGAAGCUCCAUUACACAGCUGCAGAAUGGCUACUUCCUUCACUUUGGUGAAAUACUGCCACUGAAGCUUUAUAUGUCACUCUACGAUAGUCAGGCGAAUAAACCACAGGCACCUACAAGCAAAGCGCUGAUAAAAGCAGAACCGGAACCAGGAAAAUCUGCUGCAACACCAGCGAAGACGGUUACUAGGACCUCUGUGAGCCCACAGCCUGUGCCGGUUUCUAAUGGCCUGGCUGAAGAAGUGGUCCGUUCCAAAACCGGCUCUCCUAUCUGGCCACUCCAGCCCACUGCUUCUGCUUCUCCUACACCUUUACCAAGUGCACAGCUGGAGGAUUUCCCUGCUCUCGGCACCAGACUCUCCAGGUCUGAGCAGAGGAGGCUGAAGGGCAACCAGGAGGGGAAUUCUCUGGUGUUCCGGGAGGCCCAUCACGCCCAACUGAGAGAAGUACAUGGAUCGAAUGUGAGGGCAGUAGAGGCUUUGGAGGAGGAAGAGGAAGACGGCAGUCUGGGGAGACGCAAAAGGACGUACAUGAAUCCAGACAAUGUGAACAGUCUGGCUGAGGAUGCCAUUCGAGCCAUUGCAGUGGAGGGGGAGCAUGUGACUGUUGAUAAGGUGAUUAGCAAAGUGUGCACACUUCUGCAAGUGCCCUCCUUGUACUCUGUAAGGAUCAACCCUCAAUGGCAGCUGCCUGCAGUGAAAGAGCUCACCCGCACCAUCAAAGAGAUCAACCUUUUCAUUCAGUCAGUAGAGGCCAUCUCCUCUGUGUGCACUCUGUAUGAGCUGGGUCAGUCUGUUGCUGGCCUCAAGAACAAGAAGCGCUUCGAGGAGCUCCACCUAGGCCCUCUCUGCAAGUUCCCACUCGUUCAUCGGAUGUUCAAAAUAGACUGCAACACUAAAGAUGAUGAUAUACAGCAGAUCGAAACUGUGGAUAUUCUUAGGAGUCUUCGUAACUUCAGGCGAACCCAACACAAAGCUAAGGUGGACCUUGCGGAGUUCAUGCAGUACCUUGCAGACCAGUACAAUUGUGAAUCACCUUAUGAGCUGGGCAUUAGGAUCCAGAGUGUUGGGCUACCCAUAUCGACCUUGUCAAAAGCACACAGCUGUGAGAACACCUACAUGGACAGAGCUAGAGAGGCCAUUCAGAAGGAGAUUGAAGAAGAGGUGCAGGCCAGACUGUUUAAAAUAAAAAAAAGCCUCAUGGAGCCAGCACAAGGAAAUCCACUCUACUCCUCUGCUGGCAAUAUGGAGCUCAGGAAGAAGUAUGCCAGUCUCACUGCUGCUGAGGGUGUCAUGGAGGUCUUCACCAACUCUGCGGGCAUUUUUAAUCAAAGGAUGACCAAGAGAGUUCAGGAGUUCCUCAUGUGUGUAUCAGGAGAUCGGCUGGCCCGGUCACUGUUUCAGUUGGCUAUCUGCGGGGGCUCCCUUGCCGUCCCUACUGACCUGGUGCCCAAAGAGAAACCCCAAAAGCAUGCUCAGGAAAAGAAACCAGUUGAGGAGACCGCCAGUGCGCCACCCCCUGCUGAAGCUGCAGUGAAGCAGUACUUCCGGGAGUGUGUGUCCAGCUUCAUUGGCACAGUGACUCUGCCUUACCUCUGCAGACUGGAGAAGAAGGUGGCGGAGCAUUUCAAGUUCAAGGAGUUCCGGCAGCUACAGCAGGGCUCCUUCCUUGAGUUCCUGAUCAAAAACAGCCAGGUUCUCCAGGAUGCUGCAGGUGGCACUGUGGCAAUCAGCAAUCAGGACCUCAGAUCCUGUGGCUUCAGACCCAGCCAGCAGGAUGUGUAUGAGUUUAUUAAACAGUGUGGAGAGCCAGAUCCUGCCCGAAUCCCGUUUAUCGAGGCCGCGCUGAGGAGUCAGUACAGGAUCAGAGACAGCAGAGAUCUGGGCUGGGGGCAGCUGCGCAUCCUGCUGGAUUUCGCCAAACGCCAGAGUGAGAUGAGUGGUGGGGCCAUCAGCAGCUGCAUCCGCUACGAGUGCCCUCUGCUUCCAAAAGACCCAGGGGACGGGCUCGGGGAGACUGUGGGCUUGCUGGGGGAGGUGAGCCGUGAACAGGCAGUGGCGAGCCUGCUUUCAGCUCCACUGCUGCAGGACCUGAGAGAGUGGAGCCAAUGGGAGCUGGUCUUCCAGCCCAACCAUGGUCCUCUCAAAGACUUCAUCGAUAAAUACUGCGGCAAGACUGAUCUACUGGCUUUAGAAGUGUCUCCUGGAGUUCUGUUGAGGAUCACCACAGCCACAGGUGAUAAACUGUUCUCUGAAGCAGCUCAGGCCCUGGACCCUGUUGGAACAGCAGGCCACCUGGUCUCCAUCGUGGUGGCUGAUGGAAUUUCAAACACCCCCACGGCUCUGCUGGCCAAUCACAUGGAGAGUUCACUGGCAACAGCAGUGGCACAAGAAGAUUUAUCCUAUGAUGAAGAUGCUUGUUCAUUCAGCACUGUGACCAAAUUCGUGCUGGAGUGCAUGACUCAGAUGCCUACAAGAAUUUGCAAGGAGCUUCUGCAGCAGGUUUUCCUGGAGCCCCUCUCUAAAGUACUUGGACAAGCCAAGUCUAAAUCCGUCCUACUGGAUGCAGCCAAGUGUGAGGCAAGGUACCUCAACAAGCUCCAUCAGAUGGGUAUUUUACUGGGAAUCACUGAGUGGGUGCGGCAUUUCCACUCCAAACUCAUCUUACCAGCACCUCCUGAAGUUCCCUCACACACAGCCAAGAACAUGGUGGCUGACACUCUGAGUGAAGGCUCGUCUAUGUUGAGUCUGGCUGACAGUGAGGAUUUGUUGGAGGAGUCUGUGCUCAGUGCUCGCUCCAGCUCCAGCUGCUCCACUCCCGCUAAAGCUGCUCAGCAGAGUGUUAAUGAUGUUGCCAAGAAUGAUGCUAAUGAUGCCAGUGAUGCCAGUGAGGAGGAAGUUGAUCAAGAUGAAGAUCUUUUUGAGCUGGCGUCUGAGCAGAACGAUGAAGACCACCUCAGCGCUGAGAGUAAAGAGGAGGAUGAUAAGGAUGAAGCAGUAGAGGAAUCUUCUGAAGAACAGUCUGAAGAAUCUGAAGCUACUGAGCGCAUCAGUCAGCAGAGGGCUGUCGUCGAAGACAUCAGGAAGAGUGAGUUUGGUAUUGGGGUGGAGCUGAAUGAAGAGGGCCAGAACCUGAUGAAGAAGCACCAGGCGAGGACGGGUCGCAGUCUGGAACGCCUCUCCACCGAGCUCUACAGCAAGGACACGCACUUUGUGCUGGAGCUCAUUCAGAAUGCUGAUGAUAACAGCUACCCACAGGACGGAACGGAGCAGCCUGCUCUGGCUUUUGUGGUUCAGAAAGACUGCAUCACCAUCCUGAACAAUGAGUGCGGCUUUGAGGAGAAGAAUGUGCGUGCCAUCUGUGAUGUAGGCAAAAGCACCAAAGGAAAGCACAUCUGUGGCUAUAUAGGGCAGAAAGGUAUUGGCUUCAAAUCGGUUUUCAAAGUCACAGAUUGUCCCCAGAUCCACUCCAAUGGCUUCCACAUCUUGUUCGACAAGGCCAGCAGCCCCAUGGGAUACAUACUGCCUCACUGGGUAGAGGAGGACAGACACGUGCACUGCAACGCUAAGGAGAUAGCUGAGAAGAGCUGGACCACCAAAAUCUUCCUACCUUUGCGAUCAGAGAGUUACCAGACCAAGAACCUCUUCCAUGAUGUGCACCCUUCCCUCCUGCUCUUCCUCCACCGCCUGCGCUCCAUCACCAUCUACAACGAGGCUGAUAAGCGCUUGGUUUCCAUGACCCGAAGAGAUCAGAGCCACAACAUACUGGAGGUGGACCACACUGGUGGAGUGGAGCGCUGGUUGGUGGUGAAGAAACUGCUUUACCCUAAGAAGAUUAAAGAGGAUGUGGAGUCUACAGAAAUUGCCCUCGCCUUCCAGCUCAGUGACGGUGCCGCAUGUGAUGUGAAGGUGCAGCCUCCAAAGCAGCCCGUCUUUGCCUUUCUGCCGCUGCGCAGCUUCGGCUUCCGAUUCAUCGUUCAAGGAGAUUUUGACAUUCCUUCCUCUAGAGAGGAUGUUGAUCGGGACAGUUCUUGGAAUCAGUGGCUUCGUUCUGAGAUCCCUCAGGUCUUUCUCCAAGCCAUGGAGGUCUUCAGUAAACACCCCCAGUUCAGUGGACUGCGUGGGCUCUGCCACUUUCUGCAGUUCAUUCCUCAGCCCAGUGAAAUCCUGGACUUCUUCAACCCUGUGGCUAAUCAGAUCAUCCAGCUGCUGAAGGGUAAACCCUUCCUGCCAGCCAAGGAGGACAGUGAAGGCAAGGUAGAGUUCAAGCUGCCUUCCCAGGUGGCUGUGUGUCAGGACCCACUGAUCCAGGAGGUGAUUGGAGGAGAGGAGCUGUUUAAGCACCUGAAUCUGUCUUACUUGCACCCGGUUCUACAGUCGGCUCUGUCCCAGUCCCUCCUCAACUCUCUGGGCAUCCACCGGCUGAGGGGUCAUGAGAUCACCACCGUCAUCUGCGCCAUGGCCAAAAGCCUUGCACAACACGGCGACCUUCAGUCAGAUAAUGGCCUGCAGAAGCUGGCCAAGCUACUGGCGUGUAACUUCCGCGCUCUGGAGCUGGAGUACGGGGAGGUAGACGAUCAGCUGCAGGCCCUAAGAGACGUUCCCAUGAUCCCUCUGGCAGACGGCCGCACGGUGGCUCUCAGUGCAGAGGGCGUGUUCUUUCCUCUCAGUGACAAAAAGAAGUCUUAUUCAGGUCUGAGGGCUCUGUAUAAGGACCUGAACAUCGUGGAGCCGUGCCUGUUGUCUUGUCUGAAUGAGCUGGGGAACUCUCAGGUGCACGAGCUGCUCCGCAGACUACAGGUGCACGACCUGGAGCCACAGGAGGUGCUGCAACAGCACAUCUACCCCAUUCUGAAGAGCACAGCCUGGAAGGAAAAGUCAAAGGACAUCACUGUCAGCUACCUGGUGUUUAUUAAACAGCACUCUCAGAACCAGGACUACAGGGCACUGAGGGCAGACAUCCCUGUCUGGACUAACAAGGGCUUCCUCUGCCCUGCUGAGAGCAAAGUCCAGUUCUCUAAAGAGUACGGCAACAUCGACCUGCCCACCAAGCUGCCGGGUGUGGACUGGGUGCUGCUGGACCCAUGCUACCUCCGGGAUGAUGGAGAUGUGUCUGGUUGGAGGGAAAUGUUCAGUGAGUUGGGGGUGAGGGACUUGCUUAUCUUCAGGAAAGAGAAGCACACCUUCACUGUUGCAGAACUGGCGUCCAGCCCGUGGGCCACAGAAGGCAAGCUGUGGGCUAAGCCUGCAGACGGAGUGUAUGUUAUUCAGGAUCAGCACUGUGAGGAGUUCCACUCCCUGCUCACAGCAGAUCAGCUCCCCACCCACAUCAAACUCCAACAGAGACAAGCUCUGAUCAGCCUGCUGGAGCACAACUGGGACACGGGGGAGAAAUAUUCUCAGUAUCUCAGCGCUCAGGUGUUGGACGGUGAGAGCAGACCUUUGAGAGACACCAGGUCCUCGUUCCAUCACUCCCUGACCCAGCUGGCCUGGGUGCCUGCGUUCAGACCUGUGCUGGAGGGAGGACGCACCGUGACCUACUUGUGCCCUAACACAGUGUACCUCUUUUCUGCUGAGGUGCACAGACUUCUGGGAGCUCACGUUCAUUACAUCGAUUUGGCUCCUAGCGAAUUCUCCAGAGCUGUGGGGAUGAGGCACAGUGUGAAGGUGGAAGAAAUGGUGGGCUAUCUGAAGCUCUGGUGCACAAAGGCGACUGAGGAGAAGGAGACUGGUGAGGCCGAGGGGGCGGACUUCAGCACGACCGUCCAGCACAUCUACUAUGUUUACUGUUACCUGCAGGCCGAGUGCUCCUCCGCACAGCUCAAAGAGCUCUUCCAGCACUCGCCCGCUGUCUUCAUCGAGUACGACAGGAAGGACGAGUGUUGUUCUGGACACUUCUAUCAUUUAAAGGACGUGUGCUGGAGCGAUCCUACAGGCAUGUUUGUCAGAUAUAAAGAGUUGAUCCGCAGGCCGGAGAGCGGAGUCCGAGAGCCAAUAGUUCUGUCUCCAUUUUAUCACCCACUACAGAACAUGAAAGAACUGUUCAUGUCUCUGAAUGUUGAGCGCAGUCCAUCUAUGAGGCAGUAUGUGGACCUCCUGGAUGUUAUCUGUGAGUCAUCACCGAUUCCUACAGGAGAGGUUCUUCAGGAUAUCUCCAUUCUUUUUGCCCGACUGGCUGAAAAAUGUAAAAUAAAUAUGCCUGGAGAGCAAGACCAAGACAUUGAAUUAGACAGGCAUUACUGCAGGUCUUUGAAAGAAAUGGUGUCUUACAAGCGGGUGUUCCCUACCAAAACCCAGGUCUGGGUCACGCUGGCACGCAAGCCCAUGAUAUCAGAUGAUCCGAGCCUGGAGAAGAUCUUCAAAUCUCACAGUGAUGUUUGUCUACUCAACCUGCCCUCGGCACAGAGGAAAACAGCAAACAUUCAAUCCAAAAACAAGCUUAAACCAGCUGGACCAAGAGGUAAGCUGCACGAGGAGAAGCCAGCUUUCAGUGAGCGAGACCGAGAGCUGUUUCUGGAGAUCUGUGGGAUAAGGAAACUUUCCCAUUGUGUGACCACUGAAGCUCAGACUGAAAACUACAGGCCGUGCCCAGUCAUGCAGGCUCUCGUCCACGACCUUAUCCCAUAUAUUCAGAGGUUCAUCUACCACCACGAGGAGCUGGGAGAAAUAUAUGAAGACUUGAAAGAGAAUGGCAUUGCCCAGGAGAUCCAGUCACUGAGUUUUGGUCAGGUUGGAAAACUCUACAUUUAUUACCGUCUGGAGCAGCCAGACGAGCAGCCUAUUUUAGAGAGCGAGGACAUCAUAUGCUUGCUGAAAGACAGGAAGGAGUUAUAUAUUCAGAAGGACCAUCAGCUACCCAAACUGGACAUCGGCAGAGAGCUGGUGAAACUGUUCACAUCUGAAAAAAACUUGGCAAAGGAGCUGGAGCACUUUGUUGAAGGCCUUGUUACAAGCAUUGGUGAUAAAGCUGGGUUGAGAAGAUUCCUGGACAGAAAGGACAUUCAGGAGCUUCCUGAGGAUGAAGAGCAGUGGGAGGUUCCUGCGCCAGUGGUGCUCAAGCCAGAUCCCAUUGUGCCCACCAGCCUCGCAUCUGGAGCUGCAAGUGUGCAGGAAGUAGAGAAGAAGACUGAGGAGGAUGAAGAUGAUAAGUUGCACUGCUGGCCUCCCAGAGCAUCGCUUGGUAAAACAGGAGGGAGCAGCACAGGAGCAGGAAGUCAGGCUGUGGAUGCAGUGAUGAAGAUGUGGCCUCCUCCAGCACCUCCAACUUCCUCAGCGGUUCCAGCUCAGCGGGGCUCUGGAGCAGAGAGGACCCCCUCCAGUGUGAGCUCUCAGGGGAAUACGGGAGAGUUCCAACAACACAGCACUCCAUCAGGAGCUCCUAGUGCUCCUGUCCCCAGGGCAAGUGGCUGCGCCCCUCACUCAGGUCCCACAGAAUCAAGACCAGCACAGACUCUCCAGGAUAUUCGCCAAGAACCCCCUGCUGAGCCCAGCCCGACUCCUGCUGAGACGCCUAACCUAAGCACAGACAAGAUAACAACUGAGAGCAGUCCAGCAACUGAAGAACCACAUACAUCACAACCUCCACAGCCGGUUCACAAACCAGUUCAAGCUCCAGAGAUAAUCACAAGCCAGUUCCAGGGAGGCAGUCCUCAGCGUCCACUCAUUCCACUGGACAGUGCGGUGUGGACCAAACCAUUGACCGCAGAAGCCGUUCUGGAAGACCUUGUGCUGGACUGCAGCCUGCCUCAAUCCCUGCAGCUGGCGGAGGACUUUGAUGACACAACUGAUAUCGGCAAAUGGGGAGAGCAGCUGGUCUACUCUUUCCUCACACACUGGAGAGACACCGGCAGCGGACCCAGUGAGGUCGUCUGGUACAACCAAAGUGGUGAAACCGGCCAACCUUGUGACUUCAAGCUGACCUUCGCAAACGGCCAGAACGGCACACGAGAGGUGUUUGUGGAAGUCAAGACCACAGUGAAACGGGAGCGGCACUUCAUCCACUUGUCAGCCAAUGAGCUGGACUUUGCACUGAAAGAGAAGGAUAAGUAUCACAUUUACAGAGUGUACGGAGCCGGAGAUUCACAAAACGUCCGCCUGUGUCGCAUCAAAAACCUCGCCCAGCACCUGCAUUCCAAAACACUGGAGCUGUUUCUGUUUGUGUAGCACUGACAUAUUUUACCCUUUUAUAUAGUUUUAAUUUUCUGUUGUGUCUCUGUGUUUUAGUGCACUGAUAAAAUAUAAAUCACCACUUCUGUUUUCAUUGUUCACGUUAUGAAGUAACAGCCAGCUUUUGUGGGUUUUAAAUAGGAUUUUAAUUUAUUUUAUUUCAUGUUGUAAACAAGUUUUUAAUUCCUUUUAAUUCUUAUUUGUUCAGAUUGUCACUAUUAAAUAUGUCUAUCUUGUUUUAAGUUUUGAGAAACUGGUUGUUGGUUCUUUUUUUUAUUGUACUUUAUGCAUCUUUAACAAAUCCUUAUUUAAUUUCACCAGAACUGGACCAAAAUAGAGACACAACAUCUGUGUUGAUUAUUACACUGAUAUUCAUUAAAGAAGAAAGAGAAAGAAAGAAA